CUACACAAAGAAAGAGGUGUCUUGAAUUUGAAGUCUUCCUUUCAACCCACAAAAACCCAAAUCCACAACAGAGUCUCAAUCUCAAAUAUGAAAAAGCCAAUGGCACCCACUUCCAUUCUGUACAUCCUCAUAGGCAUAGCCUCUCUCUUCAUUCCCAGUCCCACACAAUCCCAAUCCCAUCUCCAACCUAAUACCGACGAAGCCUUCACCUCCAUAGUCAUAUCCCAACGAGGCCUUGAUUUUGUCAAAGACUUGCUCAUAGAAAAGGCUGUUUCUUCAAUAGUCCCACUCCAACUGCCCAAGAUUGAGAAAUCUAUAAAGAUCCCGUUUGUGGGUAGCGUUCAAAUGGUCCUCUCAGAUACUACAAUAUACCAAAUCAAUGUUUCCGAGUCGUAUGCGAAGCUUGGUGAUGCAGGGGUUUCGAUUAUUGUGUCAGGGGCUACUUGUAAUUUGAGUAUGAAUUGGUAUUAUUCUUAUAGUACGUGGCUUGUGCCGGUUGAGAUUUCGGAUAGUGGGACUGCUUCUGUUCAGGUUGAAGGCUUGGAAGUGGGGCUUACUUUAGGCUUGGGCAACCAGGAAGGGACUCUGAAGCUUUCCCUUUUGGACUGUGGUUGUUAUGUUAAAGAUAUUUCAAUUAAAUUGGAUGGAGGAGCGUCCUGGCUCUAUCAAGGGAUGAUUGACGCUUUUGAAGAGCAAAUAGGGUCUGCGGUGGAAAGUGCUAUUACUAAGAAACUUAAAGAAGGGAUUUUGAAGCUUGAUACCUUCCUGCAAGCUCUUCCAAAAGAAAUCCCAGUAGAUGAUAAUGCUUCUCUAAAUGUAACUUUUGUAAAUGACCCUUUGUUGAGUAAUGCUUCUGUUGGAUUUGAGAUCAAUGGGUUGUUCACAGAAAGAAAAAGAGAUCCAGUCCUUGGAUACCAUCGUGAAAAUUCAAAAACAUCAGUUUUCUGCCCAGAUUCAUCUAAAAUGGUUGGAAUUUCAUUAGAUGAGGCUGUCUUUAACUCUGCGUCAGCUUUGUACUAUAAUGCAACAUUUAUGCAAUGGAUUGUGGACAAAGUGCCGGAUCAGUCUCUUUUGAACACUGCCGGAUGGAGAUUCAUUGUUCCCCAACUGUACAAGAAAUAUCCCAAUGAUGAUAUGACUUUGAAUAUUUCUUUAUCUUCUCCUCCACUUGUAAUUAUUUCAGAGAAAAAUAUUGAUGCAACCAUUAAUGUAGACUUGAUAAUAGAUGUUUUGGAAGCAGACGAAGUAGUGCCGGUUGCGUGCAUCUCAUUGGUAAUUCGGGCCUCAGGUUUAGUUAAAGUUGCAGGGAAUAACCUUGCUGGAAGUGUGAAAUUAAAUGACUUCACAAUGUCAUUAAAGUGGAGCAAUAUUGGUAAUCUGCGGUUAUAUCUAGUUCAGCCUGUGAUGUGGACAGUUAUUCAAACGGUUUUCUUGCCAUAUGCAAACUCACACCUUGUACAAGGUUUUCCUUUGCCCGUCAUUCAUGGUUUCACCCUUCACAAUGCUAACAUUAUCUGCUCAGAUUCAAGAAUUAUGGUUUGCAGCGAUGUAAUAUAUACAGAAACAAACAAUCUUAGUCAGCUUUUGUCCAUUUGGGUAGAUAAAUAUAGGCUACUCUUCUGAAAUGUCUUGGAAAUGUUUAUAGGAAGGGGAAUCAAGAAUCAGUUUCCCCUUCUUGUACUUGUACAUGUUUAACAUGUAUAUAUGGUCUAGAUUGAACCUUUCACCAUUUGGAUGUGUGCAUCGAGAUAAAACUCUUUGAACAGAAAAUUUGAGUGUACAUUGUGAUUACAACAGGUAUGUUCAUAUCGUUUUUUUAUUUUUUA